AUGGAAGGAAUGUGUGUAGGAAGCAGGAGAGCCAUUUCUGCCCGCAUCACCGGCCGCCGGCCCCACCCCGCCCUCGCGGGUUCGGGCGAGACACCCACGGAGGCCGCCGAGUCGCCCCGGCAGCCCCCGAGCGAGGGGCGGGGCCGGGAGGGGCCGCGCGCGCAGGCGCAGUGCGGGCCUCCUCGCGCCGUCGCCGCCUCCCGCGCGGCACCGCAGGCCCGAGACGGACGAGGUCGGGAAGAGCCGGAGACUGAGGAGGAGGCGGGGCGGCGGCGGAGGCGGGGCGAUCCCGGGUCGGGAGCGCCGCCGACUGGCAGCUGCGGCGACUCCCCCCUUUGUGUCUCCUCUGCCCGGAGCCACUGGAAGUGCUUCCCGGAGGGGCGCUGCGUGCCUCGCCGCCUCGCCCGCCGCCUCCCCUCCCCAGCCGUCUACAUCCGCUCUUCCGCCGCCCCCCGCCCGCGGCCUCGACGCCCCAGCUGCGCUCGGAGCCCAGAGCUGCGGGCUGACGAGGCGGCGGCGGCUGCUGCUUCGGGGCUCGUGAUUCGCUGGUCCCCGGAGCCAUUGACGGGCGAAGACGCGGCUUCCAUGGUGGCAUUUACCUCAGGCGAGACCGAGCGGCCGCACCGGAGUGAAGGCAGCGCCGGAGCGAAACUCGGCCAGGAAUCCUGCGCUCCCGGAGCCGCGGGCGAUGCGCCUCGGGCCGCCGGGGGCCGCCGCCUUCACCCGCCGGGCUUCGCCUUCGCCUUCGCCUUCGCCGCCGGGAACGAACUAGUCGCGUCCCUCGGCCCCCCACCCCGCGGCGCCCCGGCUAUGUCUUCUCCCCGACCCGGCUGCUUCUUCGACAUCGUGAAACUCCGAGGGAAAUAA